UGCUCAUGUUUCCUGACGAACAGUAUUUACCGUCGGACCCAUAUUCAAUUCUUAUUUUACAGUCUGCCCUGUAGGUUUUGGAAAAAACAAGGGGAUUAAAAGGCGGUAAAAGGCUUUUAAAGGUUUUAUUAACAUCAAUUAUUCAAGCUUUGAUAAGCGCCGUGUCAUGGCUUUUGCAAGCUUACGAUGGGAAACCAUAGAAGCUCUAAAUAAUUCCUCAAAAGGCCAACUAAAGUAUCAAGCGGACUGGGUGGAGAGGGGCGAGGACAUCCUAUCCGGUUGUACUGAGGGCCCCAGUUUGUCUCCUCUGUCUGGUCACAUCAUUACAAAGCUAAGCCCCAGGAAACGCCUCGGAGACGCCAGCUGUCAGUCACGCCAAAGUGAGACGGUCUCCCAAAACUGUCCUUCCUCCUCUGCUCCCAACAACAUUCAUAUCCAAUCUCCCUCAGUGAGUGAGAUUGGGGCGCCAUCAGAAAAGAGUGAAGGUGAAGAGCUGGUUCCUGAUGUUCAGGAAGUUGAACCGCCCUCGCCCAGUCCCUCCCCUCCCCCCAGCAUGUCGCUGCUGUCUCCCAGGGCAACGCAGACCGCCGGUUGCAUCCGGCUGUGUGAGGAAAAGCACCGCGCCAAGGCCAAGAAGGAGCUGAGUCUGCGGCAGGAGAGACAGGAGCAGCUGGUGAUGGCGAUGGCUAACAGAGAGUCUGAGCAGCUGAAACGCUUCGAGGAGCUCAUGGAGCUGAAGCAGAGGAAGGACUCCCAGAGCAUCAGAGACCUGAUGGACAGAGAGACGAAGGAGAGUAUUGGGCGACAGGAGAAACUGAAAGAGGAGCACAGACACAGGAUGAAGAUUCUGAACCUGCGCCUGCGAGAGGCGGAGCAGCAGCGUGUGCGGGAGGCGGGGCUAGAACGUCAGCGGCUGGAGGAUGGACGGGAUAGGCUGAGGAACCUCAACUCCAUCCAGGAGGAGAUCCUCCAACUCAACCAGCUGCUGGAGGCCGGCCCGGCCCCCGAUGACAUCACUGUCUACAUAACCCGCGGAAACCAGCUGUGCUCCCAGGUGUCCGAGGUGGUGCGGACGACCGCAGAGGGGGCGUUCCCCAGCGUGGAGGACAUGGCGGUAGCAGAGCGGGCUCUGCAGGUGAUGCGAGCGUUGAUCAGAGAGAGGCAGGAGGCGGCGACCAAGGCCCAGGAGAGGAAGAGGAUGGAUGAGGAAGAGGUGGAGGAGAGGAGGAAGCAGGUGGAGCUCAAGGUGAAAGUGGAGGAGCAGAAGAAAGCUGCACAGUCUGCUAAAGAGAAGGCGAAGAAAAAAGGACUGCAGAACAGUGCUGAAGAUGCUACGUUGCAAUGGUACCGAGAGCUCCAGGACGCCGCCUCCCAGACCCUUUCUUCCCUACAGUCGCUCAACACCGCCACGGACACCCAGACCAAGAGGCUGAGGAUGGAGCUCCAGAAAGCCGCCACCACUCCCGUCAGCCAGAUCUCCAGUGUCUCUGGCUCCCAGCUCCGAGAGGUCCUGGACAAACUGGACAAGCUGCUGUCGGGACGGACAGUGGUGACCGGCGGGAGGUCCGUCUCCACCUCCCAGCAUGCAAAGGGGCUGGCGUUCGUCUGUUACAAAUUGGCCGAGAAGUUUCAGAAACAAGGGGAGGAGGAGGUGGCAUCCCACCACGAGGCCGCCUUCCCCAUCGCCGUGGUGGCCUCGGGGGUGUGGGAGAGACACCCCCAGGUGGGGGAACUCAUCCUGGCCCACCUCCACAGGAAGUGCCCCUACUCCGUCCCUCACUACCCGCCCAUGACAGAGGGCACCUCCCUAGAAGAGUACCAGAGGAUCCUGGGCUACCGGGUGGAUGACUCUGGGGUCGAGGGUCAGGACAGCUUCCUGAAGAGGAUGUCGGGGAUGAUCCGCCUCUACGCCGCCAUCAUCCAGCUGAGGUGGCCCUACGGCGCCAAACCUGGGCCGGGUCCUCACGGGCUGAACCAUGGCUGGCGCUGGCUGGCCCAGAUGCUCAAUAUGGAGCCUCUGGCAGACGUCACAGCAACGCUGCUCUUCGACUUCCUGGAGGUUUGUGGUCACGCCCUGAUGAAGCAGUACCAGGGUCAGUUCUGGAAACUCCUCAUGUUCAUCCAUGAGGAGUACUUCCCCAGGAUCCAGGUGAUCACCAGCGCUGGUCAGAUGGGUUCCGUCAUGAGACUUAAGCAGUUCCUUGAGGGGUCCUUGCGAAGCCGUCAGAUCAGCCCUCCUAAAGGAUACCUCACCUCAGAGUUCUGGAGGUAUUGAGCCAACAUGGAAGUCCGGAUCUAACCUGGAUGCUCCUAAUUUUUGAUAGACUUGAACCAGCUCUACUUGGAGCUCAUCGAAGCAGACUCUCUCUGGCUGGGCUGAGAUCCCCUUCCCUUUUUAUAGUUUAACUAUUUUUUUAUUUUGGUGUGUGUCGAAUCUUUGCGCUUGGGGCAGAGUCAUGUGUUUUUUGAGACAACCUGUCAGACUGUGUACUGGUGGUUUGUCAUGUUUAUUUUAUGGACCAAGCUAUGGUUAAAACAUGAGUUAGAUCUGCUGAAGAGUUGCAGCACGUUAUCAAAUUUAAUUGUUCAGUAAUUAAAUACUCUCCACUCUUGCUCACAAAAACACUGAUGGUAGAACAAAAAAAUGGUGGGUCAAAGCCUAGGCAUCAGCCUCAAUUUAUUGUACAGCCUAUAGUGUCUUGGAUCAUGGUUUUAUAUAAAGCUGUUUAGAGAUGAUUCUUAUUAUCUAAUGCAACCCUGAAUGUACUGAGAUUUUAACGUCUAAUGGUCUCACCUGCUCAAUUUGAAUAUUAAAUAAAUCAAUGAUCUGUAAGUACCAGGUCAGAAAAAAUC